AUGGUGAUGAGGGCCUUCGUCCUGUUGGCCGUCUUUGUGGAAGCCUCUGCGAAAUCCUGCACUCCGAAUAAAGCAGAUGUCAUUCUUGUGUUCUGUUACCCAAAAACCAUCAUCACCAAAAUCCCUGAGUGUCCCUAUGGAUGGGAAGUACAUCAGCUGGCCCUGGGUGGGCUGUGUUACAAUGGGGUCCACGAAGGAGGAUAUUACCAAUUCGUAAUCCCAGAUUUGUCACCUAAAAACAAGUCCUAUUGUGGAACCCAGUCCGAGUACAAGCCCCCCAUCUACCACUUCUACAGCCACAUUGUUUCCAAUGACAGCACGGUGAUCAUAAAGAACCAGCCCGUGAACUACUCCUUCUCCUGCACCUACCACUCCACCUACUUGGUGAACCAAGCUGCCUUUGACCAGAGAGUGGCCACUGUUCACGUGAAGAACGGGAGCAUGGGCACAUUUGAAAGCCAAUUGUCUCUCAACUUCUACACUAAUGCCAAGUUCUCCAUUAAGAAAGAAGCCCCUUUUGUCCUGGAGACCUCCGAAAUCGGUUCAGACCUGUUUGCAGGAGUAGAAGCCAAAGGGUUAAGCGUUAGGUUCAAAGUGGUUUUGAACAGUUGCUGGGCCACACCCUCGGCUGAUUUCAUGUAUCCCUUGCAGUGGCAGCUGAUCAACAAGGGCUGCCCCACGGAUGAAACGGUCCUGGUGCAUGAGAACGGGAAAGAUCACAGGGCGACCUUCCAAUUCAAUGCUUUCCGGUUCCAGAACAUCCCCAAGCUGUCCAAGGUUUGGUUACACUGUGAGACGUUCAUUUGUGACAGCGAGAAGCUCUCCUGCCCAGUGACUUGCGACAAGCGGAAGCGCCUCCUCCGGGACCAGACAGGGGGCGUCCUGGUCGUGGAGCUCUCCCUCCUCAGCAGGGGAUUCUCCAGUCUCUAUAGCUUCUCAGAUGUUCUCUACCACCUCGUCGUGAUGCUGGGGAUCUGUGCCGUGUUAUAG